CUUGCACGAACUAGCAAAAGGGUGCACAUGGACUUACUAUGCAGGCAGGGAUUGAAACAUAAAUGCACUUAUGUAUGGAUGGAUUUCGCCGAUCAGCAUCAUCAUAGAAAAUAUACUUUAAAUUUGCUAUCGCUCCUCCGGAGGUGAGCCGGGUUGCAGUGACAUGGUAAUAUUUGUUGAAUGGUACUGGAAUCCCGUGGACCAGAGGAGCAACGGUGGUUUGCCAAUGACUGACGAAGACACUGGUUUGGGGGCUUUGGCCGCGCCACUGGUGGGGUAUUUGGGAAAAGUUCAGGAAAGAGCUGCUUCGCUGGAGUAUUGUCCCUGGUGUACUGCAAAAGGCUUGACAUGUGCUCUGCGCUGUUAUCGCAUCAACCUCCAGGAGUCAGUCACCCUCUGCACAAAUCCACAGUGUCUUUUCCCUCUGGUCAGCCGGUCCUUGGAGGAUGUUUUGGCGAGCUUGGAUCCUGUGGAGCCCACUGUUGGGAACAAAAGAAAGAAUCCCUUGGCACUGGAAAAGGAAGAGUCGAUUAGACCCGGACACAAACGCUUGCGAUCGAGUGACAGUCUCGGGCCACAGAGUAUUCCCGAUGCACUCAUCAGCCCAGCGGAGGAUGGUGCCGUAAACAUCGUCAAUAAUGGCCAUCAUGCAGCACCCAAGACCGAAGAGGGGAAGGUGAACGGAUGCCGGGAUUCUCCACUUGCAGAGACGGCAGGAUGGGAGUCACUACAAUACGGGGAUGAUGUUCUGGUCCAGGAACCAGGGAUUGCUGCUUGUGCAGACGGCUUGGCUCCCCCUACAUGCUUGACACCCGCGGGACACCUGCAGUGCUCGUCCGAAGCCUUGCUGACCGCCGAUGAAGAUUCGCUCGCUCGUCCUCACCUCGGUGCUCCCGGCGCCUCGGAGGAUGACUUCAGGCAAGUGAUGAGCGGUUGCUGCGGCCUGGACUCCAAUCAGUCCUUUCCCACCACCGAGGGCAUUUAUUCAAUCGAAAUCAAUACUCCAUCGCCGCAGCGCCGCGAGCCGACGGCAAGGACAGAACCGAAGUCACUGACUGCCGACGUCACCGCACCUAAGGACGUAGGAAGCACCGAGUCAGAAACGGAUGGGUUGUCCUCUGCCGCGCCGACGAAGUCAGAGGAGCUGGUAUCUGUUCACAAUCCACCUUUUUGGAGGAACAGCGACAACCUGUGUUGGCUGGACUCGCUUCUUGUUGCUUUGGUAAACUGUCAGAGCUUGAGGAAGUGUACAGCUAAAGAUGAGCCCCAGCAGUCGUCUGUCUGGCAGCUGAUGAGAGGAUACGAAGACGUCUGUGCCUCCAUCCAAGUCCAUCAGCGGACUGGCAGAGAUGGCGCCGUUGGCGUGCCAACUCAUGUGCUGCAAACGGCGGAUGCAGACCUCCUCCGUCUCAGGAUGUCAGUCUUCAAACUCCUGAUGCCCAAGCUGCAUUGCAAAUUAGGUCGGAGGGAGACUCCCGUGUUUGCCAUGCCGCUCCUGCUGGAGUCGGACUCGUGGGCGGAGCCUCUCUUCCAGUCAACCUUCCACUGGGAGUUCAAGUGCAGUGGAUGCAAAACCACCACGAGAGAAAGGCACAUGAAAACUCUCCCCACCUUCACAAACGUUUUGCCUGAUUGGAGCCCCCUCAACGCAGUCCACUUGGCCCCGUGCAACGUGUGCGGCCGGAAGAAACAGAGGAGGACGAUGAUUCUGGAGAGCGUGCCUCCGGUGUUUGCGCUGCACUUCGUCGAGGGGCUUCCUGACAACGACGUCGCAGCGUACGCCUUCGCCUUCAAGGAGAAACGCUACUCGGUCACCACUGUCCUCCAGUACGACCUUCAACUCAAGCACUUUGUCACCUGGAUCCGUAACGCCGACGGAUCGUGGCUGGAAUACGACGACCUGGAACAUCCGGAGUGCAGGACUCAUCCGAAGCUCUCGGUUCCUGCUCAGGAGAUGCACGUCAUCUUCUGGGAGGAGAAGGAGGACAAAGAGCCUCGUGUCUGUUCUCCCUCGAGCACCUUCGCUGAAUCUCCGCCGUCUAAACACGCGAUGAACCCCAGUCACGGGCGCUCGGACUUACCAGCCGACGCACUGUUUUCGUGCAGCCCCGAUCAGUCUUUCCUGGGGUCGCACGACGUCACCGACAUCGUCCGCGCGCUCUCUGCGUCCGAAGACGGCAGCGACGCGGCGGCGGUCGCGUCCGACGUCGACACGUCGAUCGGUUCCACGACCCUGCUCGACACCUUCGAGGGCCUUUCCCAAGACGACAUCAUCACACUCACACUGGUGGAGUUGAAGCUCGAUUCGGAAAUGCAGCCUUUAAACGACGAGGGCGAAGAAGCUCGGGAGUCGGGUGUUCCCAGCGCGGUUGGAAUACUCGACUCCUCCCCGGAUAGCUCCUCCGCCGUAAUCGGCAGCGAAGCGGCCCGCGACGCCGACGUCGAGCUCCCCGCCGCCACUUCGUGCGAUUCCCCGGAUGGCUCGUCCAGCGGUGCUACGCUUGUACCCCGAGGUCGGGGAGGACGGGGUAAACGAGUCGGCACAGGCAGACCCGUCGGCAGACCCGUCGGCAGACCCGUCGGCAGACCCGUCGGCAGACAAGCGGUUAAAAAGGCGGCGGAUGCCUCGCCUCUUUCCCCUGGUCAGAAAGAACCGCCUCAGAGCGCCCGCUGGUCCUUCCUGCUCAGCAAACACCCGUUGAACCAACUUCCCAAGCCGACUCCUAAAUUGGACGCCGUCCCCGAGCGCAGCUCAGUCGCCCAACCGAAGCCCACUCCUCUCCCUCAGUCUACGGCCGACCCCGUGAGAAGAGCGCAGAACCCCGGUGGGUUCUUCCCCAAACCUCAACUCAAGUUGGACGACGGCGUCGGCCUCCCGCUCAAAGCGGCGGAAAUGUACGGUGGAUUCGGCGCCAAGGGCUCAAUCCCCCCCCGAAGUGCUCUCCCGUGUCCGCCGGCCGUUCUCAACGGCAAGUCGGCGGCGUUUCAACCCGGACCGUCGAAGCGGCAGACGUCCCUGAGGACCACUGCCGGGGCGUCCGCUGCAUUGCCUGCGUCGCCCGGAGCGAAGCGGCUCCCUGAAAUACCCCACCCGAAGAAACCGAGCAGCCAGUCCUCUCCGCUUCCUCCCGGCCUCAGCGACACCGACGCCCUCCGGUACAAGCUGAUAAAGAAGCUGAAGGCGAAGAAAAAGAAGCUGGCGAAGCUGAACGAAAUGUUGGGCCACCAGGGCGCGGCCGGCCACCGGCGCCCCGACCUGGGCUCCCCGCACACGGUCACGUCCAGCACCUACGACGGCUCCAUCUGCGACGACUUCCUGUCGGACCUGCUGUCGCCGGCGACGACCGCGAGCAACCUCUCGCCGGACAGCACCGGCUUCCUCGAGAUGCUCGCCAACGGGCCGGAGAGAGCCGAGCAGGCGGAGCGCGGGGUCAACGCGGCCGGCGGCCAGACAGACGCAGCCAACACUGAGAACUUCCUGGAGGAGUUCCUCUCGCAGGCCGUGGCUCAGGGGCCGAGCGACAUGGAGACCGAGGCCCUUAAUGCACUGGAGCUUUUCGUUUAAAGGAGUGACAUCUCUUUGGUUGCUAUUCCAUUUAAAGGGUUAAUAAAGUUUAUAUGCAUGUCAAGUGGUGGAGUUGGUUGAACCAUAGAUGACAUUUGUAUAGCAUAAUGUUCUCUGGCACAUUGUAAAUAUCGUUUAUCGGGUUGUAUGAAGCACACGUGUUUACAGCAAAAGCUGUUUGUUUGUUUGUUUGUUUUUGUUCGUGUCAAUUUACUUGAAGAUUUUCAUGAAAUUUGAUUUAUUUUUUACGCGUCAUUAAAUAAACAUUUUAGAUGAC